AUGUUUAUUACAGGCCGAGAGAGGGCGUGGCGCUGUAAUGAUGCGAGUACAAUGCGCGCGAUGAAUCCGAUACAGAUGCGACUCUUUGAUAUGCCGAUAUUGACGCCUACUGUCAAAGAUUCGGAGCGUCCGUGGCGGGGGGCAGCAGCUGCGUCUGGUCUGAAACGAAUUAGCACUAGGAUCGUGCUUAGCCUUACCUAUUUGGCGAAAUUUAACUUGUAA